AUGGUAAAAAUGAUUAGCUUAGCCUACCCACUAAUAUUAUCCUUGUCUAUUUUAUCUCAAGGUUUUCUUUUUUCAGUCUCAAAGUCAAUCAGAAAAUCAGAGAAUGAUGACAUGUUGCUAGAUACUAUCACGUUAAGAAAAGCUUUUAGGAGUGGGGAUUCUGUAGACAAAUCAGCGGGCAGCCCUAACGAGCAUUACAAAACUGCUGACAACAAUAUCAUCAACGAUGAAGAUGAAAGAAGCUUAAAGACUAUUGGUCCCCAACACAAUUUCUUCAGUCAUGAUGGCCUUUCGCUGAAUCCUGGAAUGAAGCAGAUGCCGUAUUUGGCACUUAAAAGUUCAUUAAAUCAUCCAGACACUGAAGAUCAAAUUAUUGAUCUAACGCAGGAAAGGAGAGAUCUUGGGGAAGAAGAAACUGCUGGAAAAAUUCCCGUAGGAAGAAGAGAUUUUGAUAUACUGGUGACUUCCUUCAAGGCAUUGUUAACCAGUGAGUGGUUAUAA